AUAAAUCUUAUUUUUCAAUUGUCAAAUAAUUUGUGAAAUAAAAGAAUAUCAAAAAUAUCAAGAAUAUCUAAUCAAAAUAAUUUAUCAAAUAAAAUAAAUAAAUAUGGUGUAUAAUAAACAUAAUUGUAUUGUAUGGAUAGAUACAGAAUUAACUGGACUUCAAAUAGAAACAGAUACAAUUUUAGAAAUUGCUUGUUUAAUAACUGAUGAAGAUUUAAAUAUAGUGAGUGAAGAAUUUAAUAUUGUAAUUAAUCAACCAGAUGUAGUUUUAGAACAUAUGAAUGAAUGGUGUAUGAAUUUUCAUACGAAAUCAGGUUUAGUACAAGAAUCUAAAUAUAGUAAAAUUACUUUAAAAGUUGCAGAAGAAAUGUUACUUAAUUUUUUAAAAAAAUAUAUUCCUAGUCAAACCUGUCCUCUAGCUGGUAAUACAAUUUAUAUGGAUCGUUUAUUUUUACUUAAACAUAUGCCAUUAGUCAAUGAUUAUUUACAUUAUAGAAUUAUUGAUGUUAGUACAAUUAAAGAAUUAGUCAGAAGAUGGAAUUCAAAUCAGAGUGAAUCUAUACCAAAAAAAUUUUUGCAUCAUAGAGCUCUACCUGAUAUUAAAGAAAGUAUAGAAGAAUUAAAAUAUUAUAAAAAAAAUAUAUUUAUGUCUUCUAUGUAAUGUAGUAAAUAAUUUGUCUUCUAAAUAAACUUUAUUAUUUUAAAACUUU